UUCACAAUUAACAUUAUCGAGAGAUUCAUUUCGCUCAGUGAAUUUGUUUCUUUUUUUCGCAACACUUUGGACUCUCAAUGGAUUCUAUGUUUUGUAGGCCUGAUCAUUGGACAUGGAGCAGUAAGGCGAAAUCUCGUGAGGUGAAGAUAUUUGGUAAAGAAAGACGGAGAAUUAUUUUCCACCCUCACUGGAGUAAUGGAACCGCUGGGGUCAGAGGUAAUAGGAUUCUUAAUAGUGGUCACCAAGAGUGUAUUUAUUGGGAGGUUCGUUUACCAGACAGAGUAUUUGGAACUAGUAUGAUGUUUGGAAUUGGAACUUCUAAGACUCGACUUCAAGCCAAUAUGUUUACUAAUCUUUUAGGUGAAGAUGAUCAAUCUUGGGGAUUAUCUCAUAAAGGUUACAUAUGGCACAAUGGGGAAUCUCGUAAAUUUUGUAAACCUUUUCGUGAAAAUGUGAAAACAACCAUCGGAUUAUUGUACGAUUCGUGCCAAGGAACCUUAACCUAUUACAAAGAUGGGGUUAAAUUGGGUGUAGCAUUUCGAGGACUUAAUCAAGUGUCAUCUUCACUUUAUCCUUUAGUUUCAUCAACCGCAGCCAAAACUGUCAUGAUUUUGUGUAACCUUAAAGUGGCCUAUUAUUGUUCAACAUUGAAAGAAAGAUGUCGAUAUGUUAUCUUGAAAAAUUUAACUCGAUCUCAGGACAUUGAGCAAUUACCAUUACCAUUUAAAUUGCGAGAUUAUCUUAAUCAUCCAUUAGAUACUAGUAUUAAUCAUGAUGGACAAUCAACUUCAUCAACUUUAAUUGAAGAGGAUUCUGUUGAUAUUGAGAUGGAUGAACCUAAACAAUCAAGAGAUAUUAAUGAAAGUCUAUUGGUUAAAAUUUAUCCAAUUCCUGAUCAAUGGUCACCUAAACAAUUAAAAGAUCACCAACUUUUUAUUAAUUAAUUUCUAAUUAUUACCUGGCAAUCUUCAUGUAACCAACCUAAUUGUACAAAUUAUCGACUCAAACAAUUAAUGGAUCUCAUUGAAAUUCUUAAUUGCAAAAGAAAGCUUAAUCCAAAGAAAAA